AUGGCCAAGAAGCGUAAGCCCUCCAGCUUAAGGCAGCAGCAGACCCUGCAGCAGCGGAUCUGGCAGCAGACCUUGCAGCUGCAGAGCUUGCAGCAGCAGACCGAACAUUUGAAAGGUUGCGUCACGCAGAGAAACACAGAGCUUGCACAGCGAAACAAAGCCCUGAGGGAGAAGAAUGCAAAACUCGAGGAACUGAACAGGUCAAUCGCGGAUCGUCAAGUUCAGAAGAAAGCAUGCGAAAGUAAACCAGACACAACGGCAAUGGAAAUGGACCGAAAGCUGGCAGCCUACCGGCAGCGGGUAGCCGACCGGAAACUGGCCGCCGUUAAUGAAGAGGUCGAGGCGGAGGCCGGCAAACUACGCGAUAUGAAACACCUUGUGGAAAAUGAACAAGCCAAGAGAGACACGUUGCAGACUCAAAAAGCCGCUCUUGAACAUGACGUGCAGAUCCUCGAUACUCAGGUGUCACAAUUACAUGCCGAGUUGCACCGUGCAGAACAACUAAGGGUGGAACAACUCCGGGUGGAACAACUCCGGGUGGAACAACUCCGGGUGGAACAACUAAGGGAGGAGGAGCAAUCAAGAAAAACGAUAAUCAUACCUGCACGCCGGUCGCGACUGGAGGAGAUUCGGGAGCAAAAGAAAGUGCUUAAACACCUUCGUCUUUGCGUGGAACAAUGCCGUGAGGAAUUAGCCGGCCAACGACACUUGAGCCGCCAUCCCACUGUUGAUUCCCUACCAAGCGACCACCCCGCUGUCGGUUCCCUUCCGAGUGCUAACAAUAACUUGUCUGAUAACAGCUUGAGUAAUUGUAACUUGUCUGGUAGCAGCUUGUCUGGUAGCAGCUUGACUGAUAUGCAGACAGCAGCGAGUCGCGGAUGGUGUUUUCGAUUGCCGUCGUUUCGAGAUAGUCAGUCUCCUAAAGAGCCGCGGAACUCCACUUCACAAACUCUUAUGAUGGGUCCCAGAAAACUGAUGGAGUUUGUCAAACGGCCGUGGCGGUCUUUGGCACUAACAGAAGAACCUGGCGAAAAAUGA